CCAACUUUGAAUUUCUCGUGGAGCAGCCAAGGUCAAGAUCGGAAUCAACGGAUUCGGAAGAAUCGGACGUUUGGUUGCUAGAGUAGCUUUGAAGAGAGAUGAUGUUGAACUCGUUGCAGUUAACGAUCCUUUCAUCACCACUGAUUACAUGACGUAUAUGUUUAAGUACGACAGUGUUCACGGACAGUGGAAGAACGACGAACUCACCGUCAAGGACUCUAACACUCUUCUCUUCGGUCAGAAGCCAGUUACUGUCUUUGCACACAGGAACCCAGAAGAGAUCCCAUGGGCCAGCACUGGUGCUGAUAUCAUUGUUGAGUCUACUGGUGUUUUUACUGAUAAGGACAAGGCUGCUGCUCAUUUGAAGGGUGGUGCCAAGAAGGUCAUCAUUUCUGCUCCCAGUAAAGAUGCUCCCAUGUUUGUUGUUGGUGUUAACGAGAAUGAAUACAAGCCAGAGUUUGACAUUAUUUCCAAUGCUAGCUGCACCACCAACUGCCUUGCACCACUUGCAAAGGUUAUUAAUGACAGGUUUGGCAUUGUUAAGGGUCUCAUGACCACUGUCCAUUCCAUCACCGCCACCCAGAAGACUGUUGAUGGACCAUCAAGCAAGGACUGGAGAGGUGGAAGAGCUGCUUCAUUUAACAUCAUUCCCAGCAGUACCGGAGCUGCUAAGGCUGUCGGCAAAGUGCUUCCUGCUUUGAAUGGAAAGUUGACCGGUAUGUCAUUCCGUGUCCCAACUGUGGAUGUCUCCGUUGUUGACCUUACAGUGAGGCUCGAGAAGGCCGCCACCUAUGAUGAAAUCAAAGCUGCUAUCAAGUAAGCAGCGCACAAUUCUUAGUUUCAUAUUUUGAUUAAGUAUUUUACUAAAUUUGUUG